AUGCCACUGUCAGAUGCCUUACCCUUGUUUACUAACAUAAUAGACCCUGAAGAGCUCAACCACAAUUUCUUUGCACUUCCAAGGCUCGAAGAACACUACAAUGGGACCAAUGCUCCAGCUUCAUGGGAUGCAACUUCAAUUGCUCAACCAUCAAUCGUACCUGCUUUGAUCAGCAAGAAGAGAAAUGCAGAAACUGCUGGACUCACUCAGCCAAAAGCUGUCAAGAAAACGGCUACUAUCGUUACACAAAAACGCCAAGCAAAUGCCAAGGGUACGAUGUAUAAUGACAUGACGAUCUGCAAACUUAAAUUCAAUUCAGACACUAAAAAGAACCUAAAAAUUAGAGACUACAAGAAGAGAGAUAAAGAAUGGAGAAAGAUAGUCGCAGAAAAAGAUCGCGUAAUUGAAGAGGCACUCAACUUGAUGAGAAUGAAUCUCAGUUUGAUGAGAGAGACCUUUUAUUGA